GCGUUGCAGCACGUCGAAAACAUGAAGGUGAGCGACCACCCCUGCAUCAAUAAUACCAAGUUAGACACGACAGGGAAGUGCAAACUCCCUGAUCUACCGGCGCAGUUCGCAACGGAACGCGGCAGGAUGGCCCAGUACUUCGUAGAUUACCUCCUGGGCGACUACGAGGGCGACGUUCCCUGGGGCGCUCUCUACGACUGCGCGAAGAAGUGCGACUUCAAGGGCAUGCCCGAGCCCUUCUCCCCGAAGGAGGAGCCGCCUGGUCAAUGCACCACGCAGAUCUUCGUGGUCAAGAAGUCCGACGGCAAGCACGGCAUCUUGAAAGACGCGAACCUCCUAGGAAUCCCGACCAAGACACUGGAGGGCGACCAGCUGCGCUGCCAUGCCGUGGCCCUUGAGCCUGGCAAGGGGCAAUCCAGGAAGACGGUCGAGCGGGGCUCAAGGCCGCGGGGGCCCCAGUUCACGCGUGAGAAGGGGCCGCGCACUAACAAUCCAAACCAGUGCGUUGUGUUCGCGGAUCGGAAGAGCGGCCGGCCGGAAUCCCCGAUCUCUGGGCGGGGGGAGAGCCGCGUCGAGGGGGCGCUGAACAAUUACGCGAGGGGCAAGGCGAACGUCAAGGGCCUCGCGGCCUGGGCCCUGGCGCUUCGCGACUUCGACCCCUGGCUCCUCAAUAACGCAAUCAGGCCCCCUAUCCUGGUUCACACCCUCAGGGGCUUCGGCCGGGCGCGGAUUGGCACGACGCGCGUCGGGAAGAGCGAGGGGUCGAAGACUUCGGCUUUCAUGAUGAGCCGCGUGGAGAUCGAAGCGCCGCAACAAUCUGGAGGAGUCGAGGCGGGCGAGCGCGCCCCGACGAGCGUGACCGCCAAGCAUUUCGACUUCCUCAAGGCCAAGGCUGAACCUGUGACCCACGUCACGCGCAACAGGAGGUUCGAGGCGGAGCUCGUCUCCCAGUGGAAGAUGGGCACGCUGAGGGAUGUGAGCAGCGACGACUUCAUGCGGCUGAUCAGGCCAUCCUUUCGGCACGUGGAGGAACACGAGGACAUGCUGGCCGUCGCGGCCAGGGCGCGCUCUGCGCUGGCCACGAAAAAAGCGGGCGCACUUCCGCCGCGCGAGCGAGAGAGCCGCGCGCCCUGGCGGGCCCGCACCAACCAGCGCAAGCCAGACCUUUUCAGCCUGAAGUGCACGGAGGCAUCCGGCAAGCGCAAGAAAGACCCGACACAGCCCGUCUACCCCGAUUAUCUCGAGGAGGACGUGAAAUGGUCGAUGAACUACCUGAAGCGCCUGUUGCAGAACAAAGACGCGCCGCUCGCGCCGACUGUCACGGGCGCGGGCAUCCUCACCGCCGCGCCCGCGCCGUCUUCGCCGAAAGGGGUCGACGACGAGUGGGGCGCUCACUUGCUGGGCGCCGUUGCAUCUUCCUCGAGCGGCCUCUCGGACGCAGUUGCCGCCGCCAGCAGGGGGCCUGCGAGCCGGCUCAGCGACGUGGACAAGGGCGAGCAGAAGGCGGUGCACAGCGCAAUACACCGGGACUUCUGGCAGAGGCGCGCGAAGGUCAGCGGCGCGCCGGCGGACUCCUCGCAGAGCGCUCG